GAGCUCCAGCGGCUCAACCGGCCCGGUCCUCCGUCUGCCGGGCCGGGCCUGUCUUCAAGAAGUCUGUCUCCGGGUCUUCGUUGGUCGGCACCGGCGGAACCCUGGGCCUCAACACCUGCCGAUUGGCUGCCGGGCGAGGCCUGUCGCCCGCACGUCAAUAACCACCGCCUUCCAAUCACAGCCGUGCAGGGGCGGGCCGAUGACGGGCCCGCUGGACUAACUGGAGGCUGGCGCUGGGUCGAGGCCACUGGACCCGCCGUUGGAACCAGGCCCGGGUGAGGGUGCUGCUAGGUCUCUCCCAUCCAGGCCAAGGACAGGGUUGCGCGCUCCAGGAAGGGGAGCUCUCGGAAGGCGGCGGCAAGGGCCCCCCCAGGCCUCCUCUGCUUGCAGCGACCACCAGCGCCUCCCUACUAAUCCCAGCCAAGCCUUUAAGCCACGCCGCACUCCUGCGUCGCUUCAAGGCCAAGUUGGGGUCAAGUUUCUGGCUCGCAGGCCGCACCUACCCUGCGUUGCCCCGCCCCUUCGCUCCACGCUCCGCCCAUCUCACCCAGGCUCCUCCCCAGCCACCGAAGCCUGGUCCUCGCAGGCUCCAUCCCCGCACCCAUCCUGUUCCCUGUCGCCGUCGUGCCCAGGUGUCUACCUGGCACUUAGGUGAGUCGUGUGCGGCGGCGGUUUCGGUCUAAGCCUCCCGCCUCUUCUCCCGGAGCGUUCCUCAAGCCCCGAAGGCACGGAGGGGCCCCAGACCAAAGGCGGUGGGCUCCCCAGCCCGGGUCCCGCCGCGGUGCGGCUGCUUGCGCCCCCCGCCCACACCCCCAAAGGCAGCGCCGAAGUCGUCCCAGGUCGCGGCGACAUGCCCGAGCUGGUGGUGACAGCGCUACUGGCGCCGUCGCGCCUCACUCUGAAGCUGCUGCGCGCCUUCAUGUGGAGCCUCGUGUUCUCCGCGGCGCUGGUGGCCGCCGCCGUCUAUGGCUGCAUCGCGUUCACACACGUGCUGUGCCGGCCCCGGCGCGGCUGCUGCGGGCGCCCCCGGAGCACCCCGCCCGCCUGUUUGAGCGACCCCACGCUGGGCGAACACUGCUUCCUGACCCUCAAGAGCUCGGGCUUGCGCCUGCACUAUGUCUCCGCUGGACGUGGCAAUGGGACCCUCAUGCUGUUUCUGCACGGCUUCCCAGAGAACUGGUUCUCCUGGCGCUACCAGCUUUGGGAGUUCCAGAGCCGCUUCCACGUGGUGGCUGUGGACCUACGGGGAUACGGCUCCUCAGAUGCCCCUCGGGAUGUAGACUGUUACACCACGGACCUACUGAUGACGGACAUCCAGGAUGUCAUCCUGGGCCUGGGUUAUUCCAAGUGUAUCCUGGUGGCCCAUGACUGGGGUGCGCUCCUUGCCUGGAAUUUCUCCAUCUACUACCCAUCCCUGGUCGAGCGGAUGGUAAUUGUCAGUGCUGCCCCCAUGUCUGUGUACCAAGACUACUCUAUACGCCACAUCGGCCAGUUCUUCCGUUCCAACUACAUUUUCCUGUUCCAGCUUCCCUGGCUGCCUGAGAAACUACUGUCCAUGUCUGACUUCCAGAUCCUGAAGACCACCCUCACACACCGCAAGAGAGGCAUCCCACACUUAACCCCCAGCGAGCUCGAGGCCUUCCUUUAUGACUUCUCACAGCCCGGUGGUCUCACGGGGCCCCUCAACUAUUACCGAAACCUCUUCAGGAACUUCCCCCUGGAGCCCCAGGAGCUGGCCACACCCACGCUGCUGCUGUGGGGAGAGAAGGACACCUACUUCGAGCAGGGGCUGGUGGGAGCCAUCAGCAGUCGCUUUGUGCCCGGCCGGCUGGAGGCCCACAUCCUGCCAGGUGUGGGGCACUGGAUCCCACAGAGCAACCCUGAGGAGAUGCACGAGUACAUGUGGGCCUUCUUGCGAGACCUGCUGGACUAGUGGCCCUUGCUCGCUGGCUUGUGUGCGCGUAGGAGUCCACACAACGUACAUACAAGGGUGGGCUCCCGAAUCGUGCGCAGGCGUGGAACUCCUAGGCCGCACACAAGGGUAUCUGUGGAUGCCUUCAGGCGCACCAGCCUGUGGGCUCACACACAGGUGUGAGUGUGUGUGCAGGUGAACAAGCCCUUCAACCCUGGAGAACCAGGUCCAGCUCUUCUCUGGAGCUAGGUGCAGAAUGUCCUACCUCUCCCCUCCCCUGGGGCCUUACUCUUCUUGCCAAAGUCAGCCCCCAGAGCAGCACCAACCCCAGACCCUGACCUUCCUGUCCCUGGCUUUCCUCUCCAGUCCAAGUCUUCAGCUAAAUGCUGCUGCGUCCAACAGGGUACUGGCAGCCACAUCUGGCUGCUUCAGUUUACAUGCAAAGUAAUUAAAAUCAAUUAAAAAUUCAGUUCCUCA